AUGAGCCGUGCCGCUCCCCUCAAGUUCGAAUACUCGUUCGGCCUCGAGGCCGCUUUCGACCCUGCCGAGCAGGAGCUCGAGCGCGAGCGCGUGGUCCAGCAAGAGGUCGAGCCCAUCUCGCUUUCCUACCGAAGCUCUUUUGAGCGAAGUCCAAUGCUCGUAGAGGUGCAGGGAGUUGCCCUUUUCCCUCGUAAGCAGAUGCGUCGCGAUGAGGUCGAGGCAAUCAUCGCUGAGGAAGGCGGGGACUGGGACCUACACGAGAAGCAGAGCGGUACGAGCAUCAGCACUGCGGAUAGUGACGAGAUUGCUGCUAUAGAGGCCGACCAGCAGCUGGCUGAAGUCGACAAUGCCCUCCUCGACCUUGAGCGGUACAUCGAGAUUGCCACGGCGAACAGGAGCGCCAACGCCAACGCGUUCCAGGCAUCUGCUCCCGGCGCCGGCUUGGCGCGUCGCGCUGCGAUCAAGCGUGCGAGUGGAAGCCCGACCAGGUCGAGCUUCUCUGAUCCCGCGAGCCCAAGCAGCAGCACCGAAAAUGUCUCCUCUACUGUCCAGCUCGGGUCGCCUCUCAGCACCAGCAGCAGCAGCAACAGCAGCAGCCCUGCUGUGGACGCCACCACGGCCAGCAGCGCUCACAGCACCGUCAGUCUCCCCUUGACCCUGCAAGCGGAGCGUCGUCUCGUCAUCGGGCAGGUCUACCAUCCCGACUCGAAGGCACAGAGUCCCUGCACCUUGGAGCGCAAACCGGCCAUCGUCCGCUACGGGCCUAGACACCCAAGUGUGCGCCCUCAUCGCCCUCUCCCAGAGCCACCCUCGACGAUGACUGCUGGCCCUAUGGCAUCACAAUUCGGAUUUGCCCCAGGAGAGAAGGAGAAAAAGGUGGUCCCGCCCCGUGUUAGGAUGAUGGAGUCGCCCACCUUUCCCACCCAUGACGAAGGAAGUUCCGAGCCGCUCCCUGUGCCCGUCUCCAAGGACAUCAGGCUGAGCGCUAUCACCCGCUUCUGGAACGGCAAGGCGGAUACUACCGAUAUCAAGGCUCAGGUCGCGCCCAUAAGCCGCAAGACCAAGGGUCCUCGCGCUCUUCCCGUUUCCUGGUCGGUGCCCAUGCCCCAGAUCCCACCACGCUCCUCCUCUAUCGCCGGCUCUCUCGUCAAGCCACUCCUACCCUUCGCUCGUGCCACGGCCAAGGGACGCAGGGUAGUCUCCGCCCCUGCAUCUUACAGAUCAAAGUCCAGCUCCCCUUCAAGCUCGCGCAGGGCGGUCACUAGCCUGCCUAGCCUGGCCAGCCUACCGGAGACGGAGGUUCUUGAGGUGCUUGAGGUGGACGAAGCGUGUUUGACAAGGAAGCACAAGAUUCGAAAGCAACAGCAGCGCAGGAAUCAUCGCCGUGCUCUCUUCGCAGCUCAGCGUGAGGAGAAAGACAAGGAGAAGGUCGCACUCCUUGCCCCCUCGAGCAGCGCAGCCACCCCUCGCGCUAUUCUGAUGCACCCAGCCUCGGGCAUCACUUCGCACUGCUGCCCAGUCCUGACCGACCUUCCAACCGCGAACAGCAGUGCACCUCUCCUCUCACCGCCUUUCCCGUCGGCAGAGGAAGAUGCCGAUUCACCCCUCCUCCUCCGUCGCCCAGCCAAGACAGCCGUGAUCACAUGGCAGUCCUUCUUUGCCCGCCUGCGGGAGAAGAAGCCAUACCUCGUCGGGUACGCUGGAUGCGCGCUUGUCGCUCUAACCCUCUUGGGGCUCGCUGCUGGAUUGAUUUGGCUGAUCGUUAGGUGGAUCGAAGAGACGCAGCAGCAGGCUGCUCUGGCGGAAUUGGAUUGA